AUGGGGAUUAAGUAUUCGAAUAGGUUGCUGAGGCAGGAUGUUUGCCAGGAAAACUUCCCUAAGGCAGUAGAUAGAAAUAUUGAAUUAAGUGGGACCUUAAAGGAGAAUAAUAAGGAUGAUUCAGAUGAAUGGAUUCACGCCAUACAUACAGAGAAAUCCUACACUGAAGUCCAGGAAAUCAUCCUUUCUAGAUACAAUAAGAUUUUUGGUUGGUCUCUCAAGGCCAAAAUAAUGGGUAAGAAGGCAUUAGAAGCUGCUCUAAUUUUUGUGGAAGAGACUGGAAUCAGACUCGCUCUCAACUGA